GCCACCGUUUUACAAAAGUACUAUAUACUGCUCUACUGAUGGCCAUUGAUUUCCGCUAGAAACACAAUUUUGGCGGAAUAUGGCAGUCAUCACGUGUAGCAGGUUUAGUCACAAACUUUCAAGAAUCCCGUAAAAUGAGAACUUUUGCCAAAAAAGGAUUCAUAAACGGGGGGGGUUGCUAGCAUUUAUGUCACACUGUAAGUGUGUGUGUAGUUUGGGAAAAAUAGUUGCACGAUUUCAUAAUGUUAAACAUUGUAGGACUAAGUUUUGUUCAUCCGCACGCAGAAAAAAUCUAAGAAAAUGCAGGAAAAACAUGGGAGCAGAUAGAAAAACGUGCGCAAACCAAGAAAAACGAGCGAAUGUGUAUAAAACAUUACCUAUACGUACAAUCCUGAGGAACAUUCUUCCCAUCAUAGCCACUCUUGGAUACGUGUGUGUGUGUGUGUGUUGUUGUGUAGGUGUGCAGUGUGCAGCAGUGAGAGUGUGUGAUCUGUGAACUUGUGUGUGUUGUUGUGUAGGUGUGCAGUGUGCAGCAGUGAGUGUGUGUGAUCUGUGAACUUGUGUGUGUUGUUGUGUAUGUGUGCAGUGUGCAGCAGUGAGUGUGUGAUCUGUGAACUUGUGUGUGUUGUUGUGUAGGUGUGCAGUGUGCAGCAGUGAGUGUGAUCUGUGAACUUGUGUGUGUUGUUGUGUAGGUGUGCAGUGUGCAGCAGUGAGUGUGAUCUGUGAACUGGCUCGCAAGAACCCCAAGAACUAUCUCUCCCUUGCGCCCACCUUCUUCAAACUGAUGACCUCCUCCACCAACAACUGGAUGCUCAUCAAGAUCAUCAAACUGUUUGGUGCUCUGACACCCCUGGAGCCGAGACUGAGCAAGAAACUAAUGGAGCCUCUCAUCUCCCUCAUCCACUCAACCACCGCCAUGUCACUCCUCUACGAGUGCAUCUCUACCGUCAUCGCCGGCGUGCCUAACCACACUGCCUCCAUUCAGCUGUGUGUGUCAAAGCUGAGGCUGUAUAUCGAGGACGCAGACCAAAACCUGAAGUAUCUGGGGCUCUUGUCUUUGUCAGAUUCUCGGCAGUGGCUAGCGCAGGCGUGUCUGGCCUCACGAAGUCAGUGAGAG